AUGUUCAUCAGCGGCGACUCCGAAGAUCGCGCCGUGCUGGGCGUGCUCUCGCGGACCGACCUGUUCCUGUCGCUGGAGGAAGUGCCGGCCGAAGAGUCGCUGCUGGGGCCGUCGGCCAACGGCGGCGUGGUCGAGCUACUAGAGCGCAAGCCGGAGCUCGUCGAGACCCCCUGGCGCGAGCCGGAGGAGCCGCGGCAGGAGAAGCCCGAAGAGAAGCCCCCUCCCGGAGAUGGCCCGUGCGCCGCGGACAGCCCCGUUGUCAGACUCAGGCAGCCGCACAGCCCAGCGGUGGCCUCGGCUGGGGAGCCGCUGCUCGAUGUCAACGGCAGGCGACCCGAGGCGCACCGCAAGUUCCUGGUCGAGGUGCGUCUCGAGGAGGCGUCCCACAAGAAGGUGCCCGAGCGCUGGGACGUGUGCCACUUCAGCGCGCUGCCCAAGUGGCUGCAGGACAACGACUACCUGAUCCACGGCCACCGCCCGCCGCUGCCGUCAUUCCGGGCCUGUGCACUGUCCGUGUUCCGGGUGCACACGGAGACCGGGAACAUCUGGUCGCACCUGCUCGGCUCGCUGGCCUUCGCCACCACGGGAGCGCUGUUCCUCUGGCGUCAUAGCCUGGCGCUGCCUGAGCAGGCCGUGUUCGGCGCCUUCUUCUUCUGCGUGUUCCUCUGCUUCUUCACGUCCACGCUGUAUCACACCAUGCACUGCCACUCGGAACACGUGGGCAAGUUCUUCAGCCGGCUAGACUACUGCGGCAUCGUGAGCAUCGUGGCCGGCUGCUUCACACCCUGGAUCCACUUCCUGUUCUGGUGCGAGCCGCGGACCAAGCUCUUCUACCUGCUGCUUGGCUACCUGCUCUGCGUGGUCACCAUCAACCUGACCAUGUGGGAAAAGUUUGGCCGCCCCCAGUUUCGGCUCCUCAGGGCCUCCAUCUUCACGGGGCUGGCCAUCAGCUGCUCCCUGCUGCCGGGCGUCCACUUUGUGGCCGUGCACGGCCUCUAUAUGGCCUUUGUCGAGCUCGCCUACGGCUGGCUGCUGGGCAUGUCGCUCGUGGCCCUGGUCGGCGUCGCCUUGUACGCGCUCCGCGUGCCCGAGCGCUACUUCCCGGGCCGCUGCGACAUCCUCUUCCACAGCCACCAGUUCUUCCACCUGGCCGUCAUCGUGGGCGCUUACGUCCACCUCAGGUGCCUCUGCGUCAUGGCCCUGUUCCGGCACCAGGCGGGAGCCGAGUGCCAGCCCUGA